AUGUCAUCUGUUGAACAAAUAAACAGUGCUGCAAAACAAAUUACUUUGGGAAUCUCCAUCAUUUGCAUUAUCUUUGGAACCAUUGGUCUUUUACUGAAUUUAAUUAUCUUCACUCGUCGUUCAUUCCAAGCUAAUUCUUGCUGUAUUUAUUUUUUAGCAGCUACUUGUAUUAAUCUCUUUGUUGUAUUCAUUAUUGUUCCAUUUCGUAUUCUUGUCGGUGUUUUUAAUAUUGACCCAACUUCAAAUAAUGAACCUUUGUGUAAAAUUCAAAUAUACUUAUUCUCUGUUACUCGAGCAUUGGCCAUUUGGUUUAUUGCACUUGCAUGUAUGGAUAGAUAUUUUUGCAGUUCAUCUAAUAUCAAACUUCGUACUUUAAAUUCAGUUAAAUUUGCUCGGCGAAUUAUUUGUACUUGCACAGCACUUCUUAUUAUUGUUUACAUUCAUAACCUUAUCUACUUUAAGAUUGGCUUAGUAUCGGAUCAAUUGGGUCAUUUAGUACCAUCAUGUAUUCCAACACGUGGAAUUUAUGCUAUAUUUACUCCAUUUUGGAAUUUAGUAUGGUAUGCACUUUUACCAUCAUUUCUUAUGUUUAUUUUUGGUAUUUUAACAAUAAAUAAUAUUCGCCGUUCACAUCACCGAGUUAUUUCACAAAAUCAAUUAUCUCAAAAUCGAAUAAAUAAUCAAUUAUUAAAAAUGUUACUUAUUCAAGUAAUUACUAUUUUAUUAACAAUUAUUCCAUUUAUAGCUUGUCGUCUUCAACUUAGUCUUACUUUAAAUAAUAUUAAAAGUCAAUAUGAAAUUGCUCGAGAUAAUUUAUUUUUACAAGCAGCAACUGUCAUUUCUCUUAUUUCACAUUCAAUCUCAUUCUAUCUGUUUACAUUAACAGGGCCUAUUUUUCGACAUGAACUUAUUCGAAUUAUAGCUAUUUGGUUACCUCUUCUGAUACCGAAAAAUAAAGGACAACAUCAUGCAUGUAUGAUUACAAAUGUUCAAAAUCAUCGGAUUCAUCCUAUUCAAUAG